UCAUUACGUCAUUGCUAUCCCUUGAUGCAUUACUCUUUUACACUCCUAAAACUCCUCCUUAUUGCCGUCCUUGCUCAGAUGCUCUAGUGCUCUCUCUCUCUCUCGAUCGGCUAGAUUUCUUCUCGAGGAACUUGAUCAGUACUAGCUCAACAACAUGGAUGGAGUGCUGAGGAGUGAUGCAAAGGUGAUGGAGAGUCCUACUCCAAGUUGGGGAAUAAGGAUUUAUGAUGUCUUGCUUCGCUUUUUGGGGCUGGCCUUCACUUUUGUUGCUGCGGUUCUGGUGGGUGUUACAAGGGAGACCAAGAUUGUUUCUAUCACUAUUUCACAAGGCUUACCUGUCUUGCAUCUUCCUUUCACGGCUAGGUGGCAAUACAUGUCUGCUCUUGUGUUCUUCUUGGUGACAAAUUCCGUAGCAUGUGCGUAUGCAGCAGGAUCUUUGGUAUACUCUGCGGCAGCCCGAAGCUUCAAACACAACGCAGCUUUGGUACUCAGCAUCCUAGACCUGAUCAUGAUGGCUCUUCUCUAUUCCGCCAAUGGGGCAGCGGCUGCUAUUGGGCUCGUUGGCCUCGACGGAAACUCACACGUGCAAUGGAGAAAGGUCUGUGAUGUGUUUGAUGGCUAUUGCCACCACUUGGCAGCUGCCCUUGUCCUCUCUCUCGUUGGGUCUUUUGCAUUUCUUUGUCUUGUUCUUCUUUCCGUUUUGGGCCUCCACAAGAAGUCAAAAUAAAAAUAAAGAUCAUACGACAGGCUCUUGGAAAUUGAUUGUAUGCAGGGAUUAGAGUUAGUGUAGGGAAACUUGUCCUGUUGCAGUAGUGCUCGUAAGUAGUACGUAGUAAAUGCUUGCCGUAUGGGAAGGACUAAUAAAUGCAUUGAUCUUUAGCAAA